GAACUAAGCAGGAGCUAUUAAAAUCUUCCAUCGAUUAGCACCAGGUGACGCAUAUGCAAGCCUUCUGGGGUCCGUAUAAGUGCUGAAUCAUAUUUAGAAGCUCACAAAAAUCUCUCGGGGCUUUGAGGAGCAAAACUAAAAUUAUUAAGGUCCAAACUUCUCCGUUAGUGGUCUGGGGAUCUGCCUCCAUUUCCAUAGCAUUGACCACUAGCGGAGAGGUUUUUUCCAUGACUUCAUGAAGGGCCAGAUGGUUGCUGGAAGAAGUCCAUCGCUGGCUCCAUCUGCUGUAUCCUCCCACUGUUACUCUAUCUCUUGCUUUUCUUCUCUUUCUCUCUCUUUCCGCUCUUCAGACAAAGUUGAUACUGUACAAUUCUCGUAAUCAUACAAAUUUUUGGCUGUCAAAAUUCGUACUUUAACACUUUAAAAUCAGUAUCACAACUUUUUCUCUUUUACAAUCGGUAUUCCACCCCAUUACUCAACUAUAUUCUGAACAUUCAAGUUCCUUAUUCAAACUCCAUUCAACAACUUAGCCAUUAUACCAUCUUGAUCUCUUCAUCAUGGGCAUCAACAUCAUCUAUUACUACGGCUACUUUGUCACAGAGGAUGUCUAUAGCGCUGCAAUGGACGGUGCUAAAGACAUCAUACCUCGCAGACUUCGUCGCUCGAAGAUUUUCAAAAGAUGCAAAGGAUCUAAAUCAGCCUCAACGGAAGAGCCUGAAUAUAACAGCCCCACUUCAUCAGAGGAAAAAUGCUCAAAGUCGUUCACCUCUGUAGACACCGCAGAGACCGUCAUCCAUUACUCGCCGGAGGACAAGCAAAGCGAAGAUGACCAAUAUAUUUCCUCCAAUGAUUCCAAGGAAUCCACAGACACGAUCGUUCAUGAUGAGACGGUCAAAAUCUCUCACCGUCAGAGGUGCAAAGAUAAGCUUCGAAAGUGUCUGUCUUCAAAGACAUUGAAAGCAAAAUUCUCCAGCUAUAACAAUUCUUCGGAUGAUUGCGUUGAAUUGAACGAUGAGAUUGUUUCGGAUAAUCACAUCAAGGCAAAUGAUAACAUUGUCUCGAAUAAUAAUCAUGAUGAUUUGAACGAUCAUGUUCAGUUGAACAAUAUUGUCAAUACAGACGAUAUCAUUGUUGCGGAAAAAUUGGAAGCUUCUGGUAAUGUUUACCAAAAGAAGCAAUGGUCUGUUUCGGAUUAUUCUCUAUCUAUCUACUCACAGGAUGGUAUUGAUACCAUCGUUGUAUCUCCACAGGAGAAGCAAAUCAACGCCUUAAAAGCAAAAUUAUUCAACCAAGAGUUGGAAAACAAGAAACUUCGCUCAAAGAUCUCGCAGCUUAGCAUUGGAAUCACCUCAAAGCCAGUCUCAGAAUCAGAGUCUGUCAUUCAUACCACAUUCGAGAAAACCAAACUCUCGGAGCUUAGCAAUGACGCUCAGCUUCACAGCGACACUCCCACCUCAAAUUCAGGCUCAGAAUCAGAGUCUGUCAUUCAUACCCCAUUGGAGACAACUAAAAUCUCCCACCGUCAAAAGUAUCGAGCCAAAAUCCGUCGAUGUCUUUCCUCUACUCAGGAAUUCCUGGCACCUUUGAAGGCCUUGCACCCCAACAAUCGGGCCGAAAAGGGCCACACCAAGCAGCAAGCCAAAGAGGCCCUUGAAGCUUUGCAGAACGCUCCAAUGUUCUUCCAAUCGGUCCCAUUUGAUUCCACUGAGGAGGGUGAAGCUCCAUCAUUCUAUUGCCCUCGUCAUGGCACCUGUUCUUCUCGCUUCGCUUGGUGUUUCUGUGACUACCAUCCCAGCGCUGCCCAUCGUCAAAGUGAAAGAGUCGAAGACUGGUUGUUGCCAGCUUGGCGUGCCAGUGUUACAAGAGGUAUAGAGGAGGAUAGGGCUGAAAAAGCCAGGUUAGAAGAACAAGCCAGUAUGGAAGAACAGGCCAGUAUGGAAGAACAGGCCAGCAUGGAACAACAGACUAGGAUGGAAGAAGAGAUUGAGAUGAAAGAACAAGUUAGCACUGGAGCUCAUGCUCUGCCUAUUCAAGAGCAGACUGAACCUCAAAGAUUUUCUGCCGAGGACUAUAUUGAUCUUAUCAGCGACCUCACUGACGACUACCUUGGUGUUUCACGAUCUAAAUCACGCACUCACAAGCGCAAGAGUAAGAGGAGAGUUGAGAAAGCUGUAGAUGAAAAGAUGGAGCAAAAAGCUCUACCCAUCAAAGAGCAGCCUGAACAUCAAAAAUAUUCUAUUGAAGAAUAUGUUGGUCCAGCCAGCGAUCGGACGGACGAUUACCUUGGUGUUACGGGCUACAACCCACGCACUGGAACGCUCGACAAGAGCAAAAGAACUAAGAAGAACAAAGAGCACCGCCGUGUGCGUUGGGCCAGUACGGAGAAGGGAUGGGAGAGCAAAGCUGUAAGCUCUUCCAGCCCCUCGGCUGAAUGCACCAAAGAGAAUGAGAAAAUGGAGGUGCCUUUUUUAGCUUAGACGCCGGUACGCAUGGUGACAUACACUACCACAUGCACCAUCACUACUGGCGAAGGAAAGAAAAGGAAGAAAAGAAUGAAAUAACAAUAAACGAAAGGAGAAAAAGACAUAGGAGACAUAGGAGCUCUUUUUAUUAAGGAACACGAAAAUUUUGCUGAUUUGGGUCUGGUUUUUUUUUUCGAUUUUCUGGGUUGGUCUGGGCUUUCAUUCUCUUGUAGUUUAUUUUGCUUUUGCGUUUUUCUGCUCUCUUUCUAGCGUUUGGGCGUUGGGAGUUUUGGUGUUUUGGCUUUUUUAUACGUAUACAGUAGAAUAAGGAUAGGAGUGGAACAGGAUAGGAACGAAACCGAUUAGAUCAGUAUAGGAAUAGAACCAAUCAGGAUAGAGUAGAAUAGAAUAGAAACUCCCCUUCAAUGAAAGAUUAUUAUGA